UGCGCCGGUAAGGUAUGAUUGUGACCUUGGUGGCACAAUCGCGCUAACCACAUUCCUGUCCCCCAUAAGCGGUGUCCAGUGGCAGUAAGCUGUAAACAAUCACAAUCAAUCACCUUCAGCUACCACCAUCGUAGUUCCACGACAUCUGUACAUUGGUUGCUCUAGCAAAGCCGUAUUGAUACUGGUCCUAGCUGGAAGCUGAAUUGAAUUGCUAGUGCUGGCUGAAGCAUUGUCUGCGCAACUGUCAACAACCCCGAGUCACGAAUCCUUGUCUGCAAAGUAAACGCGUCUGACGGCCAUCAAACAUGGCUCCCGAGGCAGCUAAAAUCCCGAGGAAGAGUGGACGACCUUCAAAUGCGAGUGUAUUGCUGGCAGAAAGCGAAGAGCGGCCAGAAGCUUCGCCACCUAAACCCAAACGGAAACGUGGCAGACCAUCAAAUGCAAGUAAAGCGCCCCAAGAGAGCGACGAGACGCCGGAGUCAUCGCAACCUCGACGACGACGUGACAAGGUGCAACAAGAAGCCGAAGAAAGUCCCGAACCAUCCCCACCUCGGCGAAAGCGCGGGAGGCCUUCGAACGCGAGCCGAGUACUACAAGAAAUCGAGAACGAACCGGAAGUAGCUGCACCUCCACGAAAACGCGGGAGACCAUCGAAUGCUAGUAGAAUAGCGGAGGAGAUUGAGAACAGGCCCGAUCCAAUACGAGACAAACCAGCAAAGAAGAGGGCACGAGUGUCGACGGGAGGCGAAUCUUCCCAGCGAUCAGAAGCGGCUCCGAGCAAGCGCGCACGAGAGCCACGGACGCGUCAAUCGCCACGAGCUGCCUCGCCCCCCUCACCCCUCCCAUUCCAGCACCUCGAACCCGUAGAAUGCCGUAUCUCCCACAACACCAUCGACUCCACCUGGGAGCACCUCCCCGCCACCGCCCGCGACCGCGCCAUGCAGCUCCUCGGCGACAUCGAGAAGUCGGUCGUGCAGCGCCUCCGCGACGAGCGUAAGCGGACCCAGGCUAGUAUAGCGAUCCAGAUGGUGACGCGGCGGCUGGGGCGCAAGAUCGCGCGGGGCCUGCCGUUUCCGCCUGGGUCGCGGCCGCAGCGGGAAGAGGAUUUUGAUUUCGAGCGGAUACUGGAUGCGACAAGGAAACAGGAAGGGCUGUUAACGCCGGCGCUACAUGCGAGGGAGUUGCUGAAGGCGGAGAUUAGGAGGGAGGAGGUGAUGUUGGAGAGGGAGAAGCAGGCACUGGAGAAACUGGAGAAGAAUGCGGCUGCGGAACGGGGGAGGAGGAAGGCGGAGGCGAAGAAGUUGGAUCCUUCUCUUGCAAAGCGAGGAGGGGAGGUGGUGGAGUGGGGUGGUCACGAUCAACUGAACCUUGCGGAUGAGCAGACUACGGCGGAUGUGUUAGAGGACGCGAAGAUCGAUGACGACCUGAGGCCGAUUAUGGAGGAGCUACAGAACCACCUGGAGAGCAUGGAGAAUAAUUUCAAGCAAGUCGAAGGCAUCAUCCCUGCGAUAGAGAAGAGCGAGGCAAGUAUCCGGGCUACUCUGUUGACGCAGAUCGAUGAGCAGCGCUAUGAGCAAAUUAUUAUGGGAUGAACGGUCUGCUCUGUUUGGCCAAACCGAUGCACAGCGCCGCGAGGAAGCCAUUAUGGCUACUCCAUUGAAUCAGAUUGAGGGACGGCACCAUCAGCAUGUGAUUAUAGGAUGCAUGCCCCGGCCAGCUCUGUCAAUCAUGUCAAUGCGCAAGGUUAUGUAUGGGAAUGCUAUUAUGGGAUGAACUGGUGGGCUCUGUUGAACCAGACCGAUGCACAGUGCCAUGAGUAUAUUAUAAUGGGCACGUUAUGAGAUGAAGCGUCGAGGAAGUGGCUUAAUGCCAGGAAAUGAGAUCCCCUCCUCGAGGUUCUACUACAGAAUUCUAGAACGAAUAAUGAUC